AUGCCUCCAGGCCGCGUGGUUGUUCUGGUCCCGCUCCUGGCGGAUACUCGACCGUGUACCGCAACUUCUUCCCCCGGAACUCCGCAUUACGGAAAAUACCUGGAGAUGGGCUGGUUCAUGCCUGGAUUGGAGGACACCACCAUUGGAGAAGGCAUAGGCAUCGCCCAGGCUUUUGAAGUGGUCAUUAGGCAGCUACAGAAGUGCAGCCCAAGCGAGAUAGGAAGAAGAGUAACAGUUAGCAUCCUGUCGGAUGCUUACGAUGUCAUUAUGAUGAUCGAUGGCAGGGCGACUCCAAGGAGCGCUCGGAAGGACAGCCACACGCGGGUGAUGAAACUUGUUCGGCAGAAGAGCGAGGAGCUGAAGCUGAUUCCGGGAUUUGACGUGACGGUCCAUCUCCGGUGGGUGCCGGGCCAUGUUGGUGUCGAGGGCAACGAACGUGCCGACGUUAUUGCGGUGAAAGCUCGAAGACUGCGCAGAAACGUCUUUCUCGUUGAUUCGGUGGAGGAGGAGCAUCCCGACGACGACGACGACGACGACGAUGACGACACUAGAGCGGACCAGGCGCUCAUCGAGCGCCAGUUCGAAGAGGACUUACAACAGUGGGAAAAUUUCUGCCAUCAAGAAAUUGUGGACAAGGUGUUCAUUCACCUUCAGCUGGACGAGGAAGGUCAGAGGUGGUCCGCCUACAAGCACCAGCAACAAUUACUGCAGGAGCCAGACCUUUUCUGCCUCGCUAUCGAAGAGGACAUGGACGAUGAGCUGAUGCAGGCGGCGGUGGAUCGACAGUUGAGGGAAGAGUCGGAAGUGGCCUUGAGCAGAUCCCUGACUUCAUCCCUUAUCGCGCCGUUGCUUCUCACGGCUUCUUAG